CCCCGCCCCGGGAGGCCCCGCCCACCCGACGGGCCUAGCCCCGCCUUCAGCAAGCCGCAGGAUACCUGCGGGCCGCGCUGCGGGGCAGCUCCUCCUCCUCUCCGCCCCGCCGGCUGCGGGCGGGGAGGACGUCAGCGCUGCCAGCGUGGAAACCGCUGCGGGCCGCGGGAGGCGGAAGUAGUGCCCAGCACCGCGGGCCCAGCACCGGACGCCUCAGCCAUGGACGCGUCCCUGGAGAAGAUAGCAGACCCUACAUUAGCUGAAAUGGGAAAAAACUUGAAAGAGGCGAUGCGGAUGCUGGAGAAGAGCCCGAGAACAGAGGAGGAAAAUGGAAAGAAGCCAGUAUCUGAGGAUAUUCCAGGGCCACUCCAAGGCAGUGGACAAGAUAUGGUGAGCAUCCUCCAGUUAGUUCAAAAUCUGAUGCAUGGAGAUGAAGAUGAGGAGCCCCAGAGCACCCGAAUCCAAAAUAUUGGAGAGCAAGGUCACAUGGCUUUGUUGGGUCAUAGCCUCGGUGCCUAUAUUUCAACUCUGGAUAAAGAGAAGCUGAGAAAGCUCACAACCAGGAUACUUUCAGACACUACCUUAUGGCUACGCCGGAUUUUCAGGUACGAAAAUGGAUGUGCAUAUUUCCACGAGGAAGAGAGGGAAGGACUUGCUAAGAUCUGUAGGCUUGCCAUUCAUUCUCGCUAUGAAGACUUUGUUGUAGAUGGAUUCAACGUGUUAUAUAACAAAAAGCCUGUCAUAUAUCUUAGUGCUGCCGCUAGACCUGGCCUGGGCCAAUACCUUUGUAAUCAGCUUGGCUUACCCUUCCCCUGCCUGUGCCGUGUGCCCUGUAACACUAUGUUUGGAUCCCAGCAUCAGAUGGACGUUGCCUUUCUCGAGAAACUGAUCAAAGAUGACGUAGAAAGAGGAAGACUGCCCUUGCUGCUUGUUGCAAAUGCUGGAACUGCAGCAGUUGGACACACAGACAAGAUUGGACGUUUGAAGGAACUCUGUGAGCAGUACGGCAUUUGGCUUCAUGUGGAAGGUGUGAAUCUGGCAACAUUGGCUCUAGGUUAUGUCUCCUCAUCUGUGCUGGCUGCAACCAAGUGCGAUAGCAUGACACUAACUCCUGGCCUAUGGCUAGGUUUGCCAGCUGUUCCUGCAGUGACACUCUACAAACAUGACGAUCCUGCCUUGACACUAGUUGCUGGUCUUACAUCAAAUAAGCCUGCAGACAAACUCCGAGCCCUACCACUCUGGUUGUCUCUACAGUACUUGGGACUUGAUGGCAUUGUGGAGAGAAUAAAGCAUGCUUGUCAUCUGAGUCAACGGUUGCAAGAAAGUUUGAAGAAAGUGGACCACAUCAAAAUCUUGGUGGAAGAUGAGCUCAGUUCUCCAGUAGUGGUGUUCAGGUUUUUCCAGGAAUUACCAGCCUCAGAUUCAGCGUUUAAAGCUGUUCCUGUAUCCAACAUAGCACCUGCAGCAGUUGGCCGGGAAAGACACUCCUGUGAUGCACUGAACCGCUGGUUGGGUGAACAGUUGAAACAGUUGGUGCCUCAGUGUGGCCUCACUGUCAUAGACCUGGAGGUAGAUGGCACAUGUGUUCGGUUCAGCCCUCUGAUGACAGCAGAAGGGUUAGGAACUCGAGGAGAGGAUGUCGAUCAGCUCAUUACCUGCAUCCAAAGCAAACUACCAGUCCUGACCUGCACACUACAGCUUCGGGAAGAAUUCAAGCAGGAGGUAGAGGGGACAGCAGGGCUCCUGUAUGUUGAUGACCCCAACUGGCCUGGAAUCGGGGUUGUCAGGUAUGAGCAUGCGAAUGAUGAUGACACCAGUUUGAAAUCUGAUCCAGAGGGGGAAAAAAUACACACUGGACUUCUGAAAAAGUUAAAUGAACUGGAAUCUGACCUCACAUUUAAAAUAGGCCCUGAGUACAAAAGCAUGAAGAGCUGCAUUUACAUUGGCAUGGCAAGUGAUGAUGUGGACGUUUCUGAGCUAGUGGAGACCAUUGCAGUCACAGCCCGGGAAAUUGAGGAGAACUCAAGGCUUCUAGAGAACAUGACAGAAGUUGUUCGGAAGGGAAUUCAGGAGGCACAGGUUCAGCUACAGAAGGCAAAUGAGGAGCGGCUUCUGGAAGAGGGAGUGUUGCGGCAAAUCCCUGUAGUAGGAUCCGUGCUGAAUUGGUUUUCUCCAGUCCAGGCUUCACAGAAGGGAAGAAGUUUUAACUUAACAGCAGGCUCUCUGGAGUCCACAGAAUACACCUAUGUCCACAAAGUACAAGGUACUGGGGUGACACCACCUCCCACACCCCUAGGCACUCGAAGCAAACAGAGGCUUCCAGUCCGUCUCAUGUCCCUAGGUCAGAAGCCUUUUAAAAGGUCCCUGAGAGGCUCGGAUGCUGUGAGUGAGACCAGCUCAGUCAGCCACAUUGAAGACCUGGAAAAGGUGGAACAGCUGUCCAGUGGGCUAGAGCAUGACAACCUAGAGGCCCACAGCCCUGAGCAGCCUCCCAGGGCCACUGAUCUCACGGCCAGACAGACUGAGGCCCUGCAGAACCAGGCCCAGCAUCAGGAAGAUGACCAUUCACAGAUGGGAACCAGGGUGCAGAGACUUAAGGUUUAGCCGACCUGUAAACUCUCACCUCUAGGAUUUGCUUGUCAUCUUGCUGCAACCAGAAAUCCACUUGUGGGAAUGGCGUCCAGGAACACGGGCCUAUUCGGAGUUGUUCUGUCUUUGCAUCAUAAAUGCUAAUCAUCUAAAAGAACCAUUUCCAUGACAAGCUGUAAGGACACUGCCCUACCACUGCUAUAGGCUAGUUCCAAGGUUGUCUGUCCCCUUAGCUGAUAAGCUGCGCACAUUGACCUCCCGUAACAACAAGGCUGCCACCACCAAAUGCUUCCCUGUGCACUGCUGUGUUUACUUUUGAUGGCAAGCCUACAAGAAGACAACAUGCUGUCCUCUCAAGGGGAAGCUGAUGGUGAGAGGUCUCAGGUCACAUGUCCAGUGAGCAGCAGCAGGGCCUCAGAGCCAGGUAGGUCUGACUAAAGCCUGAAUUCCUCAUGGUUACACAGAAUACCACAGCUCCUUAUUACCACCCCAAGCAAGUAGUCAUCAUGUCACAUAAAAGAGUUCACAGUGCCCAAGACAGACAGCUCAUACCUGCCAUCAAACACUCAGGAGGCUGAGGCUGACCCAGAGAAGAGCACUGUGGGUUCCAGGACAGCCUGGAUGACAGUGAGGCCUUGUCUCACAAAAGGAAUAAAAGAAAGGUCUGGGUCUUUUGCUUUUGUUGCUGUUUGUCUGUCUUGUUUUUGAGACAGGGACUGACUGUGGUAGACCAGGCUGGCCUUUAAACUUUGGGAUCUUCCUGCUUUAAAAGUGUGCACCGCCAAGCCGGGCGUGGUGGCACACACCUUUAAUCCCAGCACUUGGGAGGCAGAGGCAGGCGGAUUUCUGAGUUCGAGGACAGCCAGGGCUACACAGAGAAACCCUAUCUCGGAAAAACCAAAAAAAAAAAAAAAAAAAGUGUGCACCACCAUACCUCCCCUGGUUUUCUGUGCUGCAGUAGGUCUCACAUACCUUGGGGCUGGUCUCAACUCCCGAAUGUGGGAUCACAGGUGUGCAUACCAUCACUACCAGCUCUGUGGAAGCUGAUUGGCCAUUCCUUGAAUUCCCAAAUCAUGCCAGUGGGAAUUUUCAGUUUUGAAAAGAGUACUCAAUAUUCUAAUUAUUAACUAAAUAACAAAAAGAAUCCUUUGCCACAGUUCCAAGACACCCUAGGCUACAUAGCAAAACCAAGUCAAAUGCAAAGUUUUUAAAGACAAGAUUAGGACUCCUGAAAAUUAUUAAAAGACUGGCAAAACAAAUGUCUGUCUCUGAACAUUUUCCUGAGAUGUUGUUAGCACUACACAAACAAGCAGACUUGGAGCUUGCUGGGGCCUGCGUUGCUGGCACAUACUUGAGACCAGGCACCUGUGCCCUGUGUCUUCAGUUGUUUAAGACAAGACAGGACCUCCCACUGAAGCGGAAACUACAUAUUCAGCAAGACUAGAAACCUCAAUCGUCAGCCUGUCUCUUCCCCAGUACGAGGACUGGAAGCAUGCACAGCACACCCAGCUUCUCAUGUCAGUGCUACAGAUCAUGCCUACAUAGCAUAACAUGUUUACAUGUUACAUAGGAUCGUGUUUGCCUUGACAUCCCAGGCUGGCCUCUACCUCACAGCAAUCCACCUGUAUAUCUCCUGAGUGUUUAGAUUAAAACUGUGUGCCAGGCUCA